AUGCAAAACGUUAGUGAUGUAAAGAAACAGGCAGAAAACGACAUUAUCUCAAUGAACUGCAACUGUCUUGCCUCUGCCAUUCAAGUGACUAUGAAAAACCCAUUCAACGUGGUGAUUUUGUUCCAGAGAAUCACCCUGCAGUGCAGUUACCAAACCACCUCUACCCAGCCCCCCAUUGUCGUAUGGAAAUACAAAUCGUUCUGCCGGGAUCGGAUAGCGGAUGCCUUUAGCUCCAACAGCCAGGAAUCCAUAAUCAAUAACCAACUACAGCAAGCAAACCCUGGAUACAACCCAUACGUAGAAUGCCAAGACAGUGUCCGGACUGUGCGGAUUGUGGCCACCAAGCAGGGCAACACAGUCACUCUGGGUGACUUUUACCAGGGCCGCCAGAUUACCAUCAGCAACUUGGCAGAUCUCACUAUUGACAUGACAGCAUGGGGUGACAGCGGUGUGUAUUACUGCUCUGUGUUAUCGUCUCAAGACCUGCAAGGAAAUAAUGAAGCUUAUUCAGAACUGCUGGUGUUGGGUAAAACGUCAGUGAUCUCUGAACUAUUACCAGACUUUCAUAUAAGGGACAUGGAAGACUGGCUGUUUGUGGUUCUUGUUGUUCUCGGAGGGCUGUUCCUCCUCCUGCUGAUCGGGAUCUGUUGGUGCCAGUGCUGCCCACACACCUGCUGCUGCUAUGUGCGAUGCCCAUGUUGCCCAGAAAAAUGCUGCUGCCCUCGAGCCUUGUAUGAAGCCGGAAAAGCAGCAACCUCAGGUGUCCCCAGUAUCUAUGCGACCAGUGUUUACGCCCCCUCCAUGCAUUCCUACCCAAGCCAGGUGAAAGUCCCACCACCAGGCUCUGUGAUCCAUAUGGGGCCCAUACAGUCUGCGUACAAUGGGUAUGGACUGGAAUACGAUGCAGCCAGCUCAGUGGGAGGACACAGUUCCCAAGCACCCCUUCUUGUUCGAGAUGAUGUUGCCAACUCAGUUCGCAGUGGCUACCGCAUUCAAGCCAAUCAACAAGAUGAUUCCAUGAGAGUCCUUUAUUAUAUGGAGAAAGAACUGGCAAAUUUUGACCCAGCCAGACCUGGGGAGGGCAACGGCAGAUUUGAACAGGCAUCAGCAAUGAGCGAGAUUAGCUCCUUGCAUGAGACAGAUCAUCGAAGCCACCUAAGAAAUGGUUUGGGCCAGCUACGCAAUCAGGCACUGACUCCAAUCCGGGAUGUUGAGGAGGAAAGCCUCAUUGGAAGUGAAUUCAGACGUCCCCCACCAAGACAAGACCCUUAUGUGGAAGAUAGAUUCCGAGGGGAAAGGCGUGCUCGAGCUCACUCCAUGGAUGAUUUGGAUGAUUUUGACAGACGAGAUAGAUACCCAUAUCGUGAUUUACCAUCUGACAGCCGCAAUCGGGGAAGGCGUAACUCUGACGAUGACCAUAGCAGCAGGGGCUACAAUAGAAGUCGGGGCAGCCGCUCACCUGAACUACGUGAUGACUACUACGGAGGACGAAGAAGUCGAAGCAGAGAUGAUCUCCAGGAUUUAGGCCGUCCCCGAUAUGACCGAGAGUAUGAUGAUCAAUUUCUUCAGGAUGUUUUGAGGAAAAAGCAGCAAAAAUCAGGAAGCAGAGAUGGUUUAGAAAGUGCGGGUGCAAGAAGGAACCGUAAUGAUGACGAUGAUGACUUCCCCCCUCCACCACCUCCAUACACCGAAAAUGAAUCCAUCUCUUCUAGGGGCAAGAAGAUGAAAAAGAGUGAAGCUCUGAGUCGGGAGAGUUUGGUUGUUUAAAUCCUUUUGAAUUUGCUGGGAGAAAUUAAAAUGGGACUUGUACAAUUUUUUUUAUUUUUUUUUAAAUUUAAAGACUGCAUAUUCUCAAGAAUAUUUGGAGUGGAUUUACUAGGGAGUUAUUUGUAUUUUAUU